CCGAUACUAAGAAAAAUUACCGGAAGUAUGAUACAGGCACAAACCAAAACAUAAAUAAAUCAUGUAUAAAUAUGUUGCUUAUAGUAGUUUGUGCUGUUUUAUCUUUGCAAGAUAACUAUUUCGGUGUGCAAGCAUUACCAGUCGAUAUGACGUCUCCCCAAGUGACUGAUCUAUCGUGGGGGAGGAUGAAAGUAGACGGGAAAGUGUAUAAAGACUGUAAGGUGUGGCCAGGAGGCAGCAGAGAGUGGGACUGGAGAGAGACGGGGACAGGGCACAACCCUGGUGUUCAGCCUGCUGAUCUGGAGGAACUGUUAAAGAGAGGUGCAGAUACCAUUGUGAUCAGCCGAGGUAUGCAGAGUGUGCUGCAGGUCCCCCAGACUACUGUAGACUAUGUGAAGAACAACCAUGCCAACGUCAUAGUGCGGCCUACCGAGGAGGCAGUGAAGGAAUACAACCGUAUGGCAGCAGCUGGAAAACGUGUUGGUGCAGUGUUCCAUUCUACCUGUUGAUACCAUAACAGAAAUCAUGCUUGAAAAAAUGUGGUUCUUGUUUAUUGGAAAGAUUUACUGUUAAAUGCUUUUUAAUGUUGUUUUUAAAUGAACGAUGAAACAAAGCAUGCACAGGUUCAUACAGUGAGGAAAAUCUCUGCAAAAGUAUUUCAGAACCAUUGUAAGUUUUUUUUAGAGACACACAGUUUUAGUUUUGUUAAAACGUAAUAAGAUUGAUUGUUCAUUGUUCACAGAAAUUUCCCUAAAACUAUUGUUCUUUCAUCUCACAAAUGAUUUCAUUGUAGCAUUUUUAAAAAUGAAAAUUUAAUUUUCAGUUUCAAGUUCUUUUCAAAUUACUAGAAUUAAUAAUCAGUACAACACUUACAUUUAUUAAUAAUAAGCAGUGUAUCAAGAAAGACUUUUUGUAGGUGGUUUUCUGGCUGUGGUGAUCAAAACAUUAGAGCAGAAGGUUUACUCAAAUAUCCAAAGCACCAGAUUGUUCUUUGUGUUCUUUAAUAUUUACUGUAAAUUUCAGUAUUAUAUCACAGUUAUAUAUCACUGUGACAGUUGUUGAACAUAUAAUGCUUCACAUCCCAAACUGGUGUUGAACCAACAGACCUUAGCAUGGCCCUGGUUGUCUGCAGGCAUUUGGUUUAAAUUGCAUCCUGUAUUUGUCAACUGCACUUAGUAUUUCACUGGCAGGAUUGUUUCAGAUGAAAAGUUUUCAACUUUUUUUUAUUUAAUUUAAUAUAGUUCUCUGAUGUUGAACUUUAUUAAAACAUCUAGUAAAAAUAAAAACUUGUAAUAUUUGAUGUGUGCAGUACAUUUUAGGUAAAUUGCUAUCUCAAAAAGUUCAUGUUACUAGGUUAUUUUUAAGGGAAAUUAAAUUAUGAUAAAAUUUGUGAUUACCUAGGCUAAAUAAUUCAAAUGAUAAUUUUCUGUAUGUGCUGUUUUGAUAUGCAAAUUGAACUGUUCCACCCAAUAAAAAGGAUGUUUGAGGAACAUU